AUGGAGAGAGACCAUAUCUUUAGACCCAUUUCUACAAUACUUGAUGGUACAAAUUAUAUCACAUGGGCAAAUCAAAUGAAAAGUUUUCUUAUUGGAAGAAAACUAUGGCGCAUUGUAACUGGCGACAUCACCAAACCAACUGCAAAGGAAGGGGAUAACACAUUCAUUGAACGUCUCGAAGAUUGGGACAGUAAAAAUCAUCAAAUUAUCACCUGGCUUGGUAACACCUCUAUUCCCGCUAUACAUGCACAGUUUGAUGCCUUUGAUGAUGCUAAAAUAUUAUGGGAUUUUUUGUCUACACGCUUCAAGUCUAUUGGUUUAGCCCAUUAUUACCAACUGCACAGUACACUUGUAAAUCUAAAUCAAGAUAUUGGUCAGUCUGUUAAUGAAUAUUUGGCAGUUCUUCAACCCAUUUGGACUCAACUUGACCAAGCGAACAUCAGCAAAGAUCAUCUUCGCCUUAUUAAAGUCCUUAUGGGAUUACGUCCAGAAUAUGAAUCUGUUAGAGCUGCUUUACUACACCGGAAUCCCUUACCCUCAUUAGAUGCAGCUAUUCAAGAAAUUCUCACAUACACUCCCAACAGAGCCGCAAAUAUGUUUUGUAAGAAUUGUAAGCUCUCUGGUCACAAAUUUAGUAACUGUCCUAAAAUAGAGUGCAGGUACUGCCAUAAACAUGGCCACAUUCUGGAUAACUGCCCUACCAGACCACCCCGACCUCCUGGCACUUCCACAAAAGAGAAAAUUUUUACCAAACAUGGUUCCUCAUCUGUUGUUGCUGCGACCUCGGAUGAUUCAUCCCUCAUUCAGAUAAGUGAUCUUCAGAGCUUAUUGAAUCAACUAAUUUCAUCAUCCUCCGCUCUGCUGUUUCAUCAGGUUCAGGAUCCGCAGACGGGACAGACGAUUGGAACGGGUCGCAAAGUGGGAAGAUUGUUUGAGCUCACAUCACUUCGGGUUUCAUCUCCUUCUUCCAUCUCUGCUUCAGUCACUGAUUCUGACACAUAUCAGUGGCAUCUUCGUCUUGGUCAUGCUUCCUCUGAAAAACUUCGUCAUUUAAUUUCUGUUAACAAUUUGACUAAUCUUACUAAAUUUGUUCCUUUUAAUUGUUUGAAUUGCAAACUUGCUAAACAACCUGCCUUAUCUUUUUCUCAAUCCAUCUCUAAUUGUGAUAAACCUUUUGAUUUAGUGCAUUCUGAUAUUUGGGGUCCUGCCCCAAUUACUACUGUUCAUGGUUAUCGCUACUAUGUUUUAUUCAUUGAUGACUACUCUCGAUUUACAUGGAUUUACUUUCUAAAACAUCGUUCUGAAUUAUCUCGCACAUAUAUUGAGUUUGCUAACAUGAUUCGCACUCAAUUUUCCUCUCCCAUCAAAAUUCUUCGCACUGAUAAUGCUUUGGAAUAUAAAGAUUCCAUCCUUCUUUCUUUUCUUUCCCAACAGGGCACUAUUGUUCAGCGCUCUUGCCCUCAUACCUCUCAACAAAAUGGACGUGCUGAGCGCAAACAUCGUCACAUUCUUGACUCAGUACGUGCCCUCCUUCUUUCUGCCUCUUGUCCAGAAAAAUUCUGGGGUGAAGCUGCCCUUACAUCAGUAUAUACAAUCAAUCGUCUCCCUUCCUCUGUCCUUCAAAACACCUCUCCGUUCGAAAAACUAUAUGGUAUUUCUCCCGACUAUUCUAAACUCAAAGUUUUUGGUAGUGCCUGCUUCGUUCUGUUACAUCCUCAUGAACACAAUAAACUUGAACCACGUGCCCGUCUCUGUUGCUUCCUUGGCUAUGGCACCGAACACAAAGGAUUUCGUUGUUGGGACCCUCUUUCCAACCGACUCCGGAUAUCUCGGCAUGUCACUUUUUGGGAACACACUAUGUUCUCUCGUUUGUCCUCCUUCCACACCUCUUCUCUAGUCCUCAAUCUUUCUUUACAAAUACAUCUGUUGACCUUUUUCCUCUCUCUGAACCCACCUUGGAUACUGAGCUUGCACAAUCUUCACCUGCUACUGCAAAUCUGGAUCCACCGUCUGUCUCCGAUGAUGUUCCUGAAUCGCCACCUGCUACUCCUCUUCGUCGCUCUACCCGGGUAA